CACUCCUACUGGUGCUACAAGCCCUUGCAAUAGUAAGAGCUGAUCCAUGGAGAAGGCGGCGAGAAAAUUAGCUCUCCUCUUCUUCCUUUCUCUUCUCUCCUCCUCCACUCUACUGGCCACAACCGCCACCGCCGCAGCACAAUUUCCUUCAAACCAUUAUAAAUUCCCUCCCAAGACGGCGCCGGCAAACCCCUUCUGUCCUGGCGCGAAGGCUGCGGCGUGCGUGGCUGUCCUCCUCAGCGACGUGGGUGGCCUGGUGGUCGGAGAGCCGCCUUCGCCGCUGACCGAGUGCUGCGCGGUGGUCCAAGGGCUCGCUGCGGCCGAGGCGGCGCUCUGCCUCUGCGCCACCGUGAAGGAGAGCGUGCUGGGGAUCACCGCCAAGUGGACUGUGGCGCUGAGCGUGCUUCUCAGUUCGUGCAAAAAGGAAAUCCCCGAUGGCUUUAAGUGUGUUUAAUUACUAGUAAUGGAGGCGCUAGUGAGUCAUUAAUUUCCUUUCGUUUCGUCUUUAAUUAAUAAAUGUAGAAUGCGUUCCUCGAUCGGGAUGGUUUGUUUGUAGUAUGAUGUUGUAUCGAUUUCGAGUCAUCAUCAUGUCUCCUUUUUCA